CAUGUCUAUUUUAGUGACUUAAAUACUGCCAAAUAUCGUAUAGAUGCCAUUGAAAGUUGGCAAUCAAUAGUUGGAACAGUAGGCGGAAUAGCUGGAAUGACAAUGGGCAUUAAUGUCGUUUGCAUAGCUGAGGUGUUUUUCUUUGUAUGCAUUCGUCCUCUUUACAUGAAAUAUGUCAAGGCAAACUCUAAUCCUUAAUUAAUAAGUAUGAAGGAGUAUCAUGAUUCUUAUACUGGAAUAUAAAUUAAUAAAUAAUAAGUUAUAAUUAAAUCAAAUGGUCAAUAAAUAAAGAACAAAGCAUUUCGGUAUUUUGUGUCAAGUUCAAAAUAGUCUUUGAUUUAUUUUCGAAAUAUAAACAAGUCAACACGACGAAGAAAAUUAUGUCGAAGAAACGUGUUUUUACAAUUCGGUCAGUGGAACCCUUUGCAAAACAUGAAACUAACCAGGAUUCUUCAUCAUCAGCUGUCAUCAUCAAGGAAGGGAAGACUAAUAAUUUUGUAAAAAAUCCUUGGAAGGUUUUUAAUCAUUGGAUUACGGAGAGUUUCAAUUAUUAUUGCGAGACGACAAGUUUGCAUGGAUUUAACUAUAUCACUCGCGAGGGGAUAACGUUUGGAGAAAGAGUCUUUUGGAUUGGAGUUGUUGUUUUGGCUAUAAUAGCUUCGAUUGUGUUAGUUUCGGUAUCUUGGUCUUCGAAUCGGGAAACACCAACGGUAACAGUUAUUGAGGGCUCACACUUUCCAACGUGGAACGUCCCAUUUCCAGCUGUUACGAUUUGUAAUUUUAACAAAGUCUCCAAGCAAAAGGCACUGAUUUUGGCCAAUAGGAUGACUCGGCCUGAAAAUAUCACAGACGAAGAAGUAGCUGGACUCUUCCGAAUAAUGAUGUACUACAGUUAUGGCUUGAACUACAACGAAACCGACUUCAAGAGACUUGAAGACAUACUAAAACUCAACAACUAUACUAGCUCCCGUUUGUUUGAAGAACUAACUCCAAAUUGUAUUGAAAUGAUAGUGCGUUGUAUAUGGAAAGGAACGAAUGCUCGUUGUGAUAGUUUAUUUCAGAAAAUCAAUACAACCGAAGGAAUUUGCUGUUCGUUCAAUUACUUUGGAAUGUCAACAAAUAAUUUUCCGGUGAAACUCUCCUAUCAAGUUCCGAAGAUACCAUUUCGAGUGACUGGUUGCGGAUAUCCCACUGGUUUGACAAUUCUUCUAAAUCCCGAAAUGGAUGAUUAUUUUGGGACUUACGUUAGCAGUUAUGGCUUUCGCUUGAUGAUUCAUGAUGCCUAUGAUUUUCCAGAUGAAAAUGCUGACAUGAAAGUAUUGACGGCAUCGCGGGAAAGUUUUGUACGAAUUGUUCCUGAGUCAACAUAUGCCACGCCUAGUGUUGCUGAAAUGCCAAUCAAACAGAGGAAUUGCCUAUUUGCUAAUGAGAAAAAGCUCCAAGUAAUGCAGAGGUAUUCCUAUAUUAAUUGUUUGAUGGAGUGUCGUGUUGCAAUGAUCUUCAAGGCGUGUGGAUGUAUUCCACCGAAUUUGCCAAACAACGGCAGCUAUCCGGUUUGCUCUUUUAACGAGUAUGCUUGUGUAAUCAAUAAUCGAGACAUUCUCAUCAAGGCGAUCCCAAGCUUGGAAAACACAAUCAUUCGUGGAACAUCUCGCUUGCCAUCGAACUGCGAUUGUUUGCCAGAUUGUGAGCUGAAUCAAUAUCCUUCAGAUAUUACGAUGGGCAAGUUGCAUACAAAAUUUGCAGCUAAUAAUAUUGCAGGGAUAGUUAAUAUGGACCCUAACGAAAGUAUCCUUUUGCAUGUGUUCUUUAGUGAUUUGAUGUCAACUAGAUAUAGGACCGAUAUCUAUCAGAAUUGGCUAUCUAUGUUAGCUUCAUUCGGUGGACUUUUGGGACUUAUAAUGGGCUUUAGCAUUGUAACAGCUUUUGAAUUUUUAUAUUAUCUUACUUUUAGACCUAUUUUCAAUUUUUUCAAAUAAAAGAUGUUGGAAUGAA